GCCAUUUCCCUAUCUCCCCGCCCCAUUUUCCUUCCGCCUACUUUCUCUCUCUCUCGCUCUCCAUCUCUUCAACCGCAUCGAAUCUCCUCCAUGAUUUUUCAGAUCGGAGGAAGAAGAAGAAGAACCCUUCUUCAAUGGCUUCCGAGCAGUUCACGUUUAGUUCUAGCCCAGCAGUGUGGAAUGCCAACAUCAAUGGUGGGUCAGUUCUAUUUGGUUUCACCUGUUUCAGCGGCUCACCUCGAUGAUGUUGUCUCCGACGAAGAGCCAGCUAUAGGAUUCACCAACGCAUUUGCUUGGCUAGCAGGCAUGACGGCUGUAAUCGCUCUCUUAUCUGAGUAUGUUGUGGGCACCAUUGAGGACACAUCCGAAUCAUGGGGUAUUUCAGUUAGCUUCAUUAGCACAAUCCUGCUGCCGAUUAUUGAAAAUGUAGUAGAACAUGCUAGUGUAAUCGUAUUCGCUUUUAAGAACAAACUAGUAAGCAAUGCCAGGUUCUUAAUUCCCAGUGCAUAUAUAGAACUCAAAUCAUCGUUUGUUUGAUUUCGCUAAUAAGUAUGAAUUUAGAUUAUAUGCCAGACAUUUCUCUGGGCAUUGCCUUAGGCUCUGCAAACUCAAAUUGCAAUGUUUGUGGUAAUAUUUUAUUGGGGACUCAGAACCUUGAUUAAGAAUCCUUGAAAAGUGGAGAGAAGUCGACAGCUGAGUGUGUUGUAGAAGCCAUUGUUGACAACCGAGCUGAAUUGGUCCACCUUCCUUCUGCUAUAGAUCUUCCUUUACCAUUACCCUCCAAAGAGUGCCUGACAUGCAAUGGAUCUGUAAGUUUAUCCCGGAACACUUUCUAACUUUUGAUGACCAAAUUGGUCUUUAUGGCAAGAAAGGAAUGAUUGAUGCUUUAGGAAUCAGAAGAGAGAGCUGGCAGAGGUGUUUAAAAAGGCUAAAUCUCUAGUUAUGGAAUGGGUGGUUGCUUCCAAGAGCUUGUCACAGUUUUCAUGUUUUCAUGGCAUUUCUUAUUGUUGGUUGUACUAUUUCUAAAUAUGUAGUCCUUAAUCAAAUCAUAUAGAUUAUAUCAUGCAAGGAGAUGUCUAAUGCUUAAUCUUAAGAAGGCAAGAUAGUGCAUCUUCUUAAAACUGUAAAUCUCAUUUUCUUGACAGCCUACACUUGAAGUUUGAGCAGUAACAGCAAGAGUAGCAGUAACUAUUAAUCAAAAAUUGUUUGUUGCAUAAAAAAUUCUCAAAUUUUCAGUGAUUAGCUGUCGCCAUCUAGAACAACGUCAUAUACUUCUGAAUUCUGACCUUUGCUAUUAUGUUUUUUGACUG